AUGUGUUUCUUCGACCAGACCCGUUGGGCCUGCGGCUUCUGGCGUUGGGGAAACCUCCGCCAACAAUGCACUAAGGAGUACCGGAUUGGCGAAACCUGUAGGCUCAAGCUCGUUUUCGAGACAAGCCAUCGACCCGAUCACUGCAAGACGUGCGAGCAAAUCGUCCGCAAACAAUGCCGGAUCGCGAAGAUGAAGAAGGAUAUUGCGAGAUGGACACGAGAAGGGAGCCUAAUGGCGACGAUUGAAAAGACAGAGAGAGAUAUAGUCAAACUUCAACGCUCAAUCUCAACACUUUCAGAACAACAUGGUAAACGGCUGCCGGAUCCGGUCGUCGUCACAACAUCCACAGCAUCAGGAACUUGGGUCGGGCUCCCACCUAUUUCCGGCAACCUUCUGCAGGCAGCGCGGGCCAACCCGCAGCAAUUACUGCAUUGA